AUGGAAGAACAAGUUCACAUUGAGAGAAAUAUCCAUCUGUAUAAUGGUAUCCAUCAGUAUAAUGGUAGUAAUUAUUUUAUAAAUAGUGCUUCUUCAAUGGAGGAGAAUAAUUCAAUAAUGAGAGAAGUUUAUACUAGUGAUAGCAAUAUAUGGAACAAUGGUUAUCUCCAUCAUAAUUAUAAUCUUCAUAAUUUCUCUCAACCGCCAUGGAGAGGAUGGGUGGGUUUAAUGGCAACGGAUUGUCUCGAUUGUCAACAUUUGCAAGCAAUAAUCGAAGAGGGUGAUCCAAGAUAUGUUGCUAUGAUACUAUUUGAAAUAAAGGAUAAUUUACACGAGAUGAUGAAGCAUCAGUAUAGCAACUAUCUGAUUCAAAAGAUUUUUGAGGCAAAGAAGGGCGUCACUAAUAUUCAAAUCGAUUCUAUUAUUUACUUGAUUAUCUCCGAUACUCAAAAGUUAUGCGAUGUCUGCAACAAUAAUCACGGAACUCGCGUUGUGCAGAUAAUGCUAGAGAAUAUUAAAUGUCCAUUAACAAAAUAUGCGGUAGUGUAUACGAUAAAGCCUAUCAUUGUUGAUCUGAUGACAAAUAUAAAUGGUGGUUAUGUCAUUAUACAAUGUGUGAAGGUUCUCCCGCCCACACUAAAAAAGGUGAUCAUGGAUGAAUUAACAAAAUAUUGUGUUGAUAUUGCGACACAUAAGAUUGGAUGCUCAAUUGUUCAAACUUGUCUUAAAGAUGGUGGGAUACUAGCCAAUGAUUUGAUAACAACAAUCAUCUCAAACGCUAUGUUGCUAGCAGAAAAUCGUUACGGAAACUACGUGGUGCAAUUUAUAAUCAAAAUGAAUUUCCCACUAGUAAAUAAACGGAUGAUAGCAGAACUUAGUGGAAAAUUUGUUACACUCUCUAUGGAUAAGCAUGGUAGCAAUGUGGUAGAAGAUCUAUUGAAAUGCUCUGAUCAAGAUGAUGUUAAUGCUAUAGUAAGAGAGCUAAUGAGAAGCACCAAUUUCUUGAAAGUUAUCCAAGAUCCUUAUGGGAAUUAUGUUGCAAAAAGAGCAAUAAAAUGCACUAAGGGCUACCUACGCAGAAAACUUUCUUCUCUCAUUCUAUCGUACCGCAACGAACUUCAAAACCAUCCUCACGGAAAAAUAGUGUUUGACAAUGCCAAAUCUAAGAAAAGAUAA